CCCCUUACCUCCUAACAUGGAUAACACCAACGCAAGUGGCCUUCAAGCACAAGUCUCUCGCCUCGAGCAUGAGGUGCAUGCCCUCAGAACGCAGAUUCAUGCCUCGGACGAUGAAACAAUCACCAUCUCCGAGUACAUCUUAACCAGACUGGAGCAGAUGGGUGUCGAGUCAAUCUUUGGUGUUCCUGGUGACUUCAAUAUGCCGUUCUUGGACUACGUAGAGGAUCACCCGAAGAUCAAGUGGAUUGGAUGCUGCAACGAACUCAAUGCUUCGCAUGCUGCGGAUGGCUAUUCUCGCGUCAAGGAGCAUGGGAUCGGUGUCAUAGUGACAACGUUCGGAGUCGGAGAACUCAUCGCGAUGAAUGGAGUUGCCGGAGCCUUCUCCGAGAUGGUUCCCGUGUUACACAUCGUCGGCGUACCGAGUACUCUGCAGCAGAAGCAGAAGCCUAUUCUCCACCAUACUCUCGGUGACGGCAGGUUUGACGCAUAUACGAAGGCUGCGGCACAAACCACCAUUGCACAAGCGGCUAUCGUGGACAAAGUGACUGCUGGACCUGAAAUCGACCGAGUUCUUGCCCAAGCUAUCACGACGGCUCGUCCAGUAUACUUGACGCUUCCAAUGGACUUGGUUUCUACCAAGAUCUCGGCUAAAAGGCUCAAGGUUGAGCUCCCUCGGAGCCCCCCACCGAAUGAUUCUGAGGUCGAAGCCUUCGUGCUCGAUGAGAUAGUCAAGCUCGUUGAGGCCGCUGACCAAGACGUCGUGAUCCUCACCGAUGCCUGCGUCAUCCGUCACCACGUACGGCAAGAAGUGAAUGAUCUGAUUCACAAGACGCAUUUCCCUGUUUACUCCUCGCCCAUGGGCAAAACAUCUGUUAACGAGAAUUACGAGCGCUACGGAGGCGUGUAUGUUGGCCUUAACUCCCACCCGAAGAUUAAGGAGAAGGUCGAGAAUGCGAAACUCAUCCUCUCAAUCGGCUCGUUGAAGAGCGAUUUUAACACUGGCAUGUUCACGUACAGCGUCCCAGCGUCGCGGACCGUCGAGCUGCACUCUGGCCACACUCUGAUCCGUCAUGCUCAGUUCCCCGGCAUUGGUAUGAAAAAACUCCUGCCUAAGCUCACUGAGCGCUUGCAUAAGUUCGAAGAGGACGCGAAGCAGCUUCCUCUUCCUCAGUACAAAGCUCUUAUCCCCGACGAAAAGGACGACAUUAUCUCUCAAGCUUACUUCUGGCCACGCAUGGGCCAGUUCUUCAAGCCAAAAGAUGUCAUCGUGGCCGAAACUGGCACGUCAAGCUUCGGUAUCCUCGAUGUUGAGCUUCCCGAGGACUCCAUUUUCGUCGCACAAAUAUUGUUCGGCAGCAUUGGCUGGUCUGUCGGUACUACGCUGGGAGCCGCUGUUGCUGCUCGUGAACGCCAUCUUGGGCGCACGAUACUGUUUGUCGGCGAUGGUAGUCUCCAAGUCACCGCCCAAGAGCUGUCGACGAUGACAGCUAAGGGCGUGCAUCCGAUACUUUUCGUGCUCAAUAACAACGGUUAUGUUAUUGAGCGUCAUUUGCAUGGAAUGGAUAGAGAUUACAACAACAUCGUGGACUGGAAUUACACGUCGCUUCUCACUACCUUUGGUGACAAGGAUGGCUCUCGCUCUCGCUCCUAUACCGUCCACAACAAAAAGGAGUUGAACGACCUGCUCGAGGACGAGACAUUCGCGAAGGCGGACAAGAUCCAGCUCGUUGAGGUUAUGAUGGAUAGAUAUGACGCUCCGCGUGCGCUGAAGGCAUCUGCGCAGCUUAGCGAGGCGAUGGCGAAAAGGAUAGCAGAGCAAGACCCAGAGGCUUGAUUUUUGGUCAAACCCGGCUGUAACUUGGGCUUUCGUUGUAAGAUGGGGAAAAUGGACUUUUAUCAAGUAGAACUGUACAUUACCUAGCAUUUCAAUGUGAUUCUCUCCCUUCACUGCCUUCAUUGUCGUUCCUACAAAAAUUUCAUAGCAACAGGGGC